AUGGCAACCUCAAUCAAAUUUCCACCUACGGUAUCAGUAUCCCUUCCGAUCCUAGCCAAAAUGAUUGAUCAUUCCCUCCUCCACCCCACCAUGACCGAUACCGAAAUCGCCACUGGUCUUUCCAUUGCCGCCAAAUACAAAGUUGCAACUGCUUGCGUUAAACCAUAUUCUGUUGAACAAGCCGUCUCUGCCCUCAAAGGAACUGGUGUCGAUGUAUGUCCCGUGAUUGGAUUUCCUGCUGGAAAUAGCACUACAGAAGUCAAGGUGUUCGAGGCUACUAAAGCCGCGGAAGCUGGCGGAAAAGAGAUUGAUAUGGUGAUCAACAUUGGCAAAGCAUUAGGGGGAGAUUGGGAUUAUGUUCAAAAAGAAAUCCAAGCUAUCAAUGAGGCUGUGGUGUCUAAGGGUUCGAUUUUGAAAGUCAUUUUCAGAAACGAUUUUCUAACCGACGCGGAGAUUGUGAAGUUAUGUCAUAUUUGCAGUGAGGUUGGGGUAGCAUUUGUGAAGACUAGUACGGGAUAUGGAUUUGUGAAACAAAGCAAUGGGAUGUACAAUUAUCAAGGUGCCACAUUACCACAUCUUGAUCUGAUGAGGGAGAAUGUAAAGAAAGGUAUACAGAUCAAGGCGGCUGGCGGAGUGAGGACUUUGGAUGAUUUGUUAAGAGUUAGGGCAUUGGGAGUCACGAGAGUUGGUGCUACUGCUACCGAGGCUAUUCUUGAGGAGGCUAUGAGAAGAGGGAUUGGAGAAGAAUUGGUCGAGGUCAAUGUUCCUCCGCUUAGUUCAGUAUGA